AUGGAAACUGAUGUCGUGGAAGAUAGCAUUAAAGUGGUCGUCAGAAUGCGACCUCCUCUUGCAAGGGAAUCAGCAGCUGAAAUAUAUUGGAAAGUUAUCGAUGAUAAUACAAUUGUUGAUGGAGACGAAAAAAGCUACACUUUCGAUCAGGUAUACCGCGAAGUAGAUCGAACACAGGAUGUCUAUAUUAAUUCAGCAAAAGAUGUAGUAGAAUCAGCUAUGGCCGGUUACAACGGGACUUUAUUUGCGUAUGGACAAACUGCGUCUGGUAAAACAUACACAAUGUUUGGUACGGAUAAUGCAGAGGGAAUUGUUCAAAUGGCGCUUGACACAAUUUUUGCAAAGAUUUUGGAAGGAAGUGGUAAACGGUAUAUGUUGCGCAUAUCGUGUAUUGAAAUUUAUAACGAAAAAGUGCGAGAUUUGCUGUCUGAUUCAGUCGCCGAUUUACCGAUAAAAGAAUUCAAAGAAAAAACCGUGGUGGAUGGUCUACGAGAAGAAGUUAUUGUUUGCAAGGAUGGUGUCGCAAUGUUGAUCCAACGAGCAUUUGCUAAUCGUGUAAUUGGUGAAACUGCUCUGAAUGAACGUUCAUCACGAUCACAUGUCAUUCUUCGUUUUGUAAUCGAAUGCUAUGACGAUGCUGUUGCUUCAGAUUCCUCUUCUUAUAUUUCAUUUUUGAAUGUGGUGGAUUUAGCCGGUAGUGAAAGUGCAAAGCAAUCGGGAGGAGACGGUGAUCGCUUAAAAGAAAGUGGUAAAAUAAACACCAGUCUCUUGGCCUUACAAAAAGUUAUAAAUCAAUUGAGUGAAAAAGGGAAUAGUCAUGUCAAUUUUCGUGACUCGAAGUUAACACGUUUAUUGAAGAGUUCCUUGGGUGGUAAUGCGCGAACGUUAAUAAUCUGCACUGCUUCACCUACCGAGGUUAUGCAAACCUUACAAACGCUCAGGUUUGCCGUACGUGCAAAGAAGAUAAAGAAUAAACCACGGAAGAAUUGGAAUGCUGAAGGAAUGCUAACGCAAUAUAUUCAGACCAUUGAACGCUUAAAAGCCGAAUUGGAGGAAAAUCGGAAAAACGAGACUGUAGAGCUUGAAUUAAUAAAUAAAAACAUCGAAUUAAGCAAGGAAGUCGAACGUUUGAGAAAAUGUAUUCUUUCAAGUCGAAUGCUUCCACAAUCUACUCAAAAACACAAUGAUCGCCGUGCUAGAAGACAAACGUGGGGUGGUAACUGGGUUCGUCCAGGUGCAGAUUCGCUUCUGCCUUAUAGGAAUUCGGGUCCGAGCGUUCAGUUGUAUGAGAAUCCUGUUGCGGCGGAAUCGAAAGUUGGUGCUGUUAAUGAAAUGCCAGAGCAACCAGAUACAACUUUUUAUGAUGCAUCAGUGGUUGCAUUUACGACUUUGCGACUCGAUGGUGAUGAAGCAGAUAUUGCAGCUGAUUUUCAAGCAUCAAAUCAGGGUACUAAUCAAGUAAGCGGAACUGAAUCCACAAUCAUCAAAACGGCUGAUGACUUUGAGGAUCAACGGCCACCUGUGCUAAACCGUACUGUCGAAGAUGACAAGCUAUCCACAGAAAACUUUGCAGUCACUCAAAAAAUGAGUGAGGAUGAUUCGUCAAGUUGUGGGGAAAAAGAAGACAUUGAGAGUAUACAGGCAACUUCAUUGAAUAAGCUUAGAAAGAAAGUGAUUGAUUUGGAAGCUAUAGUUGGUGAGCUGAAAGCAGAAAUUGAGGAUCUGAAGGAGGAAUUGCGUAGCAGAAACCGGGAUAUAGAUUGGCUGGAGAAGCAAUGUGAUGAUGCCGAUAGUAAGGAAACGGAAUUAAGGGAGCAAAUAUACGAAACGCAGAAAAUGAAUGAUGAAAAUCUAUCGGUAGUUGCCGCACUUCGGAAUGAGAUUGUACAAAUGAAGGAUUCAAUGAUGGCUUCCAAUGCCAUAGAUAUACAAAAUAAGGAAAAUAUAUUUCGUUUAGAAAACGAAAUUCAAAAGAAGGAAAAAGAGGCACGCGAGAUGAAAAGAGAGAUUGCUUCAAAGGAUCGAAAAAUUAGCGGGCUAUUACUGGAAUUACGCCGGAUAACUAAUAAACAGGAAAAUAUAGCAGAAAAAGGACGAUUUGGGGAGGAUGAUAAUGAUAAUUUACUCUCCAAGCCAAUUAAUUGUGUUAACGCUCAAAUAGUGCGAAAAGAUCGAUAUGCGGUAGAAAUAGAUUCGUCAAGAUCGACACCAGUAAAAAAUUAUCCAGAAUGCAAAACUCAGUGAUGACUGAACCCUAAUUUAUGUAGACUUACG